GACUCUUCAUUGUGUUACAAAAGACCCUCAUGCAAGGGCCGCUUACUUCCUUCGUAAAUAUGGUCCUCGGUUAGCUAUCUUUUAUGCUAUAAGGAAUCAUGCUAAAAUUGUUACAAAAGAAACUGCUGAAGCAAUGAUAUCUUCUGGUGCCGUCGUAUCACGAAACUUGGCUCAACGUCUUAUAAAAGAUUAUUUAGAAAGACAACCGAGUGAAUAUUUUCGCUGUUGUUGGACUAGUAAAUUGACUUUUGGUACUUACUUAGUAUUCCUUCAACGUGCUUACACUUUAUAUGGUGAUAACUUAUGGGCUAAAGAUGCAAUGGAUGAUUGGGAACAAUUUCGCAUAUGUGUUUCUUUACAAUCUGGUUUGGACUUUGAUAAUGUAGAUAAUAAUAUGUUAAAUACUACUGCUACUCAUGAUACUAAUAGGGAAUAUAUUCGUGAUUUGGUUGAGAAAUAUCAUGUAGUACCUUUACCCCUUCAGUAUUGUUUUGUCAAUAUUUCUGAUACUUUUGUUACUAUAGCUCGUAUUGGUGAUAAUCAACUUUUAGAUAUGGCAUUGAAUGAUUUAACUCAUUUUGAUCAAUAUGAAUUUUCAAAUAUAGUUCCUACUAUAAUUGAAAAAUUAAUUUAUAACAAACCAACUCCUACUCAUUUAAAGAAAGCUUUGGUGAACAUUUUCAGUUUUAAUUAUCCAGUUUUAGAACAAUUAGCUUUAGAAUUAAUUAGGAAUUGUGGUUUAUACAAAAUUCCUAAUGUUAUAAUUGAAACUUUAAUUGAAAAAAAAGAUGAACUACCUUUUGACCUCAACGCCGUUGUCGUACAUUCAAUUAAUGAUAAAUUUCAUUCUAUAUACUCUUAUAAUGGUGCUCCUGAUAAUAUUGAAUCUCUUUGGCAUUAUUUUCCUGAAUUUCGACCAAAAGUUAGAGAAAAUCUUAACACAUUAUUUGCUGAUUCAAGGACAGGUGGUGUUAUAUGUAGCAGGAAUGAUGCUAGUUAUUACGGUUAUGGUGUAGGUUGUAUAUGUGUAGAAUUUAUUCUCACUACAUUUGGAUCCAAGGAUAUAAUUACUGAAAAAUGUUUCAAUGCUAUAAUAAGAGACGUUUGUGAAAAGAAUUUAAAGAUGCAGGCUAAUCGUAAUACAUUAUUUAGCAAGUUUAAACGUAAUAAUAAUACUAGAUGUCCAUUACUUCAAGGAUCUCCACAAUAUUUUUCUCAAUACGUAGAGGCUGGUGUUAAAGUCAAACCUGAUCAUUUAAAGAUGGUAUCUGAAAAGGGUAUGAAUCGUAAAUGGUUUCUCAAAGGACUAUUUGAAGCUAUGGAUCAAUCUUUAAAGAGUGAUCACAUAUGGUCACCUAUAGAUACCGGUAAAGAUACGCUAUCUACGAGUACUUCAUCAAAUAGUGAUAAUGAAAAUAUUAAAGUUGAUAAAAUUGUACUGUGGGAAAAUGCCGUUAAAGAAGUCUUAAACAACGAACGUGAAAAAUAUCGUG